CGGGCGAAGGGAGGGCCGGGCGGUGGGGCUGGGAGCCUUCCUCUAGCAACUUCCCAGUAACUGCGGGAUCCGAUGCAGCCACCGCCCCGGAACCAGGCCUUCCCUGUUCUGCCUUCCAGGAGGAGGCCCGGGAGUAGCCCUCGGGAGGACAGUCUCCCGCACGUCCCGAAGUCCCUCUGGCCACCCGGCGUCGAUCCAGGCGGAGGCCGGGAGGGGGCCGCCCUCCCCGCGAGGCUCCAGACUCAGGCAUUUCCUUUCGGCUGCCCGGCGCGGCCUUCCCCCUCCGAAAGAAGAAAAUUCUGGGGCGAAGUAACCCGGCCGAUCGUCCCUGUGCGCAGCGGCUGCUAAGCCAGCGGCAUGUCCGUGCGGUACACGCUUAACCUGAAGGUCUUUUGGCCGGUGGUGACCGGGCUAUGCACAGCGCUGGUGUGCCUCUACCAUGCCCUGCGCAGCAGCGAGGGCGCCAGGGCCGAGUCCCCCGACGGUGCAGACAGCGGCUUCCCGCUGCUCAAGGUGGCUAUCCUUCUUCUCCUCCUCUACAUCCUCCUACCCCCCCACCCCAUCCGCCAGCGCCUCUUGCCAGGCUCUUCCCGCCCGUGUGGCCACGCCAACUUCUCAGCCAGACCCUUGCAAGAGCCAGGCCUGAGCAUCUUGCUGGAGAGUUACUAUGAGCACGAGGUGCGCCUGUCGCCGCAUGUGCUAGGUCACAGCAAGGCGCACGUGAGCCGGAUCGUGGGUGAACUGGUGCAGGCUGGCCGGGCUCGAGGGUCUCCAGGUCCCAUCACCGGGGGAGCGCUGGCCUUGGCCUUCCGGGGAGAUUUCAUCCAGGUGGGCAGUGCCUACGAGCAGCAUAAAAUCCGCAGGCCAGACAGCUUCGACGUGUUGGUGCCACUUCGCCUCCCGCCGCAGGUGGCGCUGGAGCCGCGGAGCCUGGGGACCGAGCCCACGCUGGCCCCCGCCUUCCACAGCUGCUUCGUGUGUGCCCUCAAGGCACCGCCCUCGCCAUCGGGUACCACGACAGGCCAGUGGCACCGCGACUGUAAGCCCUUCGCUGAAGGCUUUUGUGUGGAUGUGCAGGGUCGGCGCCACCUCUCAGCUACCCUGGUUCUGCGCUGGUUCCAAGCGCACCUACAGCGCUCCUUGGCCACCGUGCGCUACAGCCUGGAGGGUCGCUGUCGGGUCAGCCUGACUCCAGGUGGUCUGGAGCAGCCUCCCACCCUCCAUAUCCUUCCUUGCCGCACGGACUACGGCUGCUGUCGCCUUUCCAUGGCCGUGCGCCUCAUCCCCGCUGUCCAUCUGGGCGAUGGUGUCUUCCUUGUGGCACCGCCACCACCACCCUCGCCAAGCGGGGCCCUAUCAGAGCUCCCCGGUGGCCUGCGCGCUGAGGCACUGUGGGGUGUGAAUACAGCACGCCAGGAGCAGAAACUGCUGGGCUGGCUUCAGGAACGGGCGCCUCCAGGUGCCUGCUACCUCAAGUGCCUGCAGCUGCUUAAGGCUCUUCGAGACCUGGGUGCCCGCGGGCUGGACCCUACAGCUGCUACCCAGUGGGGACGCAUCUUAUCCUCCUAUGUGCUCAAAACGGUGCUGCUGACGGUGUUUCUGAACGAGGGCGGCCCAACGCACAGCUGGGACGAGGCACACCUGAGUGAGUGCUUGGAGAAGCUGGUGAAGUUCCUUAGGGACUGCCUGCUGCGCCGCCGAGACCUCUUCCACUGUGUCCUGGGCCCAGGUGGGGCGGCCGCUGAGGUGGGCCCCCUGCCCAAGGCGCUGCGCGAGGCGGCUCCAGUUGACCUCCUGGCACCUUUUGACCUGCACGCCCGGGAGCUCGCAGCAGCGCGGUUGCUGUCCAUCUGGCGAAGGUUGCCCCAGCUUCUCCGGGCCUACGGUGGUCCCCGAUACCUUGCCAGGUGCCCCACACCCCGAAGUCAACGCAUCCAGGGCUUCCCCGAAGAUGAACCCUGAACCCUGAUUACACUCCACCUGACCAAAUGCCCCUUUCCCACAGGAUGGGAGUGACGGUGGCAGUUAAAGUCCAGAUGAGCAGUAGAAAGUGUUGGGAAAUUUGGAGGAUAUCAAAGGCUUUACUGGCUUAAAUAUUCUGCCCUAGGAUAGCUGUGGUAUCUUCUGCAGGCCCAUUAGAGUGUCCUGGGUGGUCUUACACAUCUUUCUGCCCUCAAAUUAUUAGAAGCAAUCAUGUUUGACAUACCUAUUUGUUAGAUACUAGGUUCUCAACUAUUUUUGGAGGGGUUUUGUAUGUUUGUUUCAAUUAUGGAGCUGGAAUCCUGGGCCUUGCUUAUGCUAGGUAGAUACUCCACAACAGAGCUACACAUUCUGGGCCCCUAGUUUUGUUUUUAAAGGGGAAGGAAAAAAAUCCUUAUCCACAACUGGAAUUGAAAUUCUAGUCCAGCUGUUAGUAUUCCAGAGUCAUAAUUUAGCCAUUCCCAUGAGCAUUCAUGUAUAUUUAAUAGUGCAAUGACAAGUUUGUUGAGUAAGAUUAAUGGAAUUGUCAUAAAUCAAAUGACCUGCCCUAAGAGGUGGUCGGGAGCUGGUUAGAGACUUUCAGAGCAAGCAGCACUUUAUGUCCAGGCAUUUUUUUUGUUCAGUGGUGGUUGGAACCAGCGGCUAUUCAAAGGAGGCUCCAUGCAGUUAUUUGAAAGACCAAAGCUCUGAAAAGCAGCCAGCCACCAUUCAACACUCUCCAGGUCACAGGUGGGGAUUUGCACUCAGCACCUGUUCAUUUGAGCCAGGCAGAAUGCAAAGAAAAAAGAUCCUUAAUUAAGACAGGUCUGGCAAAAAGUGUGAAACACAAGUCUUGAAAAAGAGCCUGUCUAAGUAAGGCUCCUUGUCAGCUGGACACAACCCGCCUUUGUUUCAGUGCUUCUGAGCAAGUGAGUUUCAGUGCUUUUUGCAGGCCUGUUUUAGAGUUUAAGGACCUAUGAGGAGAAAAUGCUUGGCAUGCUGCCUGGGAAGGAUUAGGCUUCAGUGAUGCCUUGUCUUGGGGUAGUGGUUGGAAGAUUCUUGAUUGCCCAGACAACCUUACCUAGUCUUGAAGAAGCUCUUGCUUCUGCUUAUGUCCUUUAAAAUAGUAGCUUGCAGUAUGUACUUGGAGACCUGUCACUUUUCACCAGUGGGCAGAAGAGUGGGGACCACAGGAGCUGAAGGAGGAAUGAGAGAGCUGGCUCUAUAGUGCUCUGCUCUUCUCGGCCAUGAGCUUCUCCAGGCUGGGUGCCUCCCUCUUGCAGAUGGGAAGAGCCCAUUCUCCAGCGCCUCUCAUUCUUCUGGCUUCCUGACAGCUCCAAAUGGUAGUUCAAGUGUAAAAUGUUCUACCUAUCUCUCUCCUAGUGGGAAGUGUGGCCAACAGUAUACUUAGGAAUUUUCUUUUUUAAAUAGCAAAGAUCUGCUCCCUUAGACUCUUUAAAGUGAAGGUUUUUGUCUAAAAAUAGUCACAUGAAUAAGGCCAUUGUUUAAUUUCUUAGCUAUCUGGAGGGAACUUUGCAAACCCCCUUUCGUUAGGGCACCGGGUUGGCAAUCGGCAGUAAUAGAUUGUGGGGAACUUCUCAUUAGAGCUGUGCUGGCUUCUUGUGUCCUUUUCAUCUGUGGACUGAAAGAGAAGCAGCUGUCUCAUUGAGUGGUUUGGGGGACCAUUCCUCUUGAUACCCCAAGGUCAUUCCUAGUUUUUUGAGGCCAAUAUUUGGUCAUAAGGUACGGCAUUUAAUGUAGGGGUCAUUAUGUCAGCCUCUUGCAAGGAUAGAAACUGCACAAUAGGUUUUAUGUUAAUUACUUUAAAAAGUCAAUGCCAAGGGAAGAUUUGUGUGUGUGUGUGUGUGUGUGUGUGUGUGUGUGUGUGUGUGUGUAUCUGUUGUGUGUAUACUGUCCACAUGAUUUCCAUACUCAGCCUGUUGAUUCCUCUGUAGUCAUUAAUUUAGAAUAGGGGACAAUGAGGCAGUUUUCCAAUUAUUAGAUUCCUUUUUUAAAAAAAAUCUUGAUACUAUUUUAAAGUAUAAAUCUGGUUAUUGUCAUAAAUAUGAAUAGCUUGUAUAAGUAUCUUGUAAGGUUUUUUUCCGUUAUUUUUAUUUUUUCUGGUUUAUUAACCAAAGUUUCAUCCAUCCUCAAAGCUUUUAAAUUUUAUUAUUAUUAUUAAAUUAAUGGGCAUUGUGUUUAUGAAUUAAAAAAUAUUAAUGUUUUAUUUAAAUGCCAUGCUGAACAGUUGUUCUCGAUAUGUGGCAACCAAAACUUAAGAGAUUUCGAUCAAUUUUGAUCAAUGUUUAGUGAUCUGAAACAUGUACUGUGUACAGAUGCAAUAAUAUGGCUGUUAUGGUGGCUGCCCGAGGCCUUUAAAUUCAGCUUAGUUCUGCAUUUCAUUACAGCCGCUUUCACGGCCUCUAAUUGAUGUGUACACAUUUUUGGUGUGUAUUUGGUACUGGAGAGUCAUAUAUGCCAAUAUGCUAAUACAGGAUGGCUCUACCAAAAAAUAAAGAGUUGUUUAGCCAGUGCCCAAAGAAACUGUUUUGAGGCAGAUGACUCAGCCCUUUGCAGCCGACACUUCAGUGACUCCCACUGCCCAGCUCCAAGCCUUCCUGGAAUGUUCGUGGGCUGGGAGAAUCUGUGUUUUGCAAAAUGAAGUUGGAGUGGAAAGAGAGGAAAGUUUGAGUGGAUGCAAAUAUUCUGAGAAUUUGGGGGAGGGGGACUUGAGAUGGAUGUGAAAGGAAGAAACUGGAGGAGGGAGACAGGUAAAGAUGCCCGGGAGGGUGGGGGAGAGUUUUGGGUGAGGAAAUGUGUUUUUAGGUAUGUGCUGUUUCCAGCCAGGAGUCACAAACUCAGUAGCCUAAAGGCAGGGAACUAAGAAAGAGUGGGGAGUGUGGUGGAGACUGUGACUACCUUAAAGAGGGCAGCCACAGGACUCCAGGUAGGAAAAGAAAAGGUGGGGCUAGGAAUUGGUAUUUCAAAUUACAAUACUGAAGCUCACUGACUUUUAAUUUAAGGGGUAAUUUAAUGUCCAAAACCACAGAGCAGAAAUCUGGUUGAACCUGAGGCCACCAGUUUGCGACCCCUUGCCUUACAGUUAGCCUUCCCCCCAAGUAUAUAUAAGGUUAUAUUCUUUGCCAGGGAAAUGAUGGUGUUAUAUAUAGGAGGGAGUGUGCUAGUUCAUUUCUACUUCAUCUCUCAGAGUUAAGCUUUAUUAUGGGAAUAACAACAGAAAAAAUUAACACAGCCGCAGAUAACAUUUAUCCCCAGUUUCUGGUAGGGCUCCCAUGCAAGCCUGGCUCUCCAGUGAGAACCACAACUAAAACACUUGGGGCUACUUCUGGUUUUUCUUUGCUGGUGAUUUGGGGUCAGCUUCUUGGCCUGGAUGGAGGGUUGGUGCUUGCAGAUGAGUAAUGAGGUACAAUUGCAGAAUAAGUUUUCUUUGUAUUUGGUUCUUAUAUGAAAGUUAUUAUUUAUUUAUUUUUUUUGGUUGUUCUCCAUGGUAACCUGGCCUGGGACUUCACAAUGUUGUUUGAAGGCAGUAAGCACCAGCAAAACAAAAACAACAACAACAAAAAACCAGCCAGUGUUCCAUCUUUGGGCCAAAUUCCAUGGCAUUGUACUAUUCUCACCUCCAAGAACACUGGCCAACUUCUCUUCCAGAAUUUCUAACCCUUUCUGACUCAGUGUCUGCCACCAAAAUUGCCACCAGCUGAGCUUACUUCCAAAGCAUCUCUUGUCCCCUCCCAAAGGAAGUCAUAUUUUCCACAGAACUGUGCUUCCUGGAUUUGACCUUGAUGAAGAGGUUUUUCCCAUGUCUACACAAAGAAAACUUCUCCCACUUUUCUGGCACCUCUCAUGUGAGAAACUGGUUCAAUGUUACCCCUGUGGUGUGUUAGUUUUUUCUUCUUUAAUUGCUUGUCUAUAACACAUCUGUUUAUUUUUUUUUUUUUAUGGCACAUGGGGCGAGAAUAAUGCUAGUGGAAGACAAGAGAGGGUGGCAAAUUCCAGAUCAUGUACACAGAGGAAAUAGAGUAAGACCGGCAGCUAACUGAUAUGGAAUCUGGUUUUGGAAGUAUUGGAUAUUCAGGAAUAUUUUAGCACCUUUUGGGGAAAAAAGGUUGCCAUGUCUUAGUCAAUUGACUUGAAGCAUUCCAGCACUGGCUGUUUUUAAUGUGCCUUCUGACCCCAAACACUGGGAUACAGUUUGAGGGUCUCAGUUACAGCCUGUUUAUUCCAAUAAAAGAGACCAAAGAGUUCAUCAGACAUGAUUGGCUGCUAUCACAACUGUGUGAUUAAGGACAUAUUAAUCACACAGUUUCCAUGGCCCCAGUGGUCAAGCCUGUCACUCUCAUCUUCGUUUGAAGUUGGAGUAAAUUUGCACUUUUCGAUCCUGUGGUCACUAAGGGACCUAGUUCUUUCCCAUUUUGCUGUAUCAAUAAAGGAACUUGUGGAAACCUC